AUGUCGCACCGAGGCGCUCGAGUGACCGACUUCGAGGAGCGGGACUACUACGCGGCACCGCCUCGUCGCUCGGCGGCCGACUUUGACGAGGUCGAGUACCGCGCUUCACGCGUGCUCACCAGGAGCCCCCCCCCUCGGCCCCGAUCCCGCUCUCACGUGCGGGAGAGCCGAGGAACGGCCUUCCUGCGCGAGGAUGUCCGACGGACCGAAGGCGGGCCCAUGGUUCUCCGUCAGCGUGACGUCGAGGUCGUCGACAGGCAUCGUCGGAGCCCGAGCCCCGCGCGCCUGCGCGAGGACCGCAUCCUGAGCCGGCCCAGGAGCGUCUCGCCGUCGACGGUCCGCGAGGAGCACGAGCGUGUCAAGUUCGUCGAGAGGGAGCGGGUGCGGAGCCCGAGUCUCGUUCGGAGGUCCGAGCCGGAGCCGAGGCCGGUGCGCUUCGUCGAGAGGCGGCCUCGGUCCCCGUCGCCGACGACGCGCGAGCACAUCCGCACGAGGAUCGUCGAGAGGGAAACGGAGCGCUCGCCGUCGACGUCGCCGUCGCCGUCGCCGCCGCCCAUCAUCCGGGGCCCCACCAUCGAGCGCGACGUCAUCACGCACUACACCGACGUCGAUCACGGUAUGCCGUCCCGCCGACGGCACGUCCGAGAGGGAGCAGCGCUGACCGAUGCGUGCCAGGCGUCGUGA